UCAAGUGUGGAUCCUGCUGAUCCACGCGACCGGAUUGGUUUGCAUGCGCCAUGGGCGCUGCGUUGGACUGCGCGCCGGCGCCAAAGCGCGAGCAGGCCGCCCCCUCGCGGCCUCAGAAACUCCAGCGGGCCUCCACGCCCAGCGCCCAGCGCCAUGUUCCACUUCGCACUGCUUGGUGGCUCCCAGCGAUGCGCGCUGCUCGGUAGCGCCUUGGCCGUCGCUGGAGUUGCGACUGGCACUGAGACUGAGCUGGCGGCUGUCGCGCUCAUCGUGCUGUCCUUGGGCUUAGAGGCCCUUGCUGCCUUCCUGCGACACAGAGACGGGCUUGCGUGCUGGCCUAUGCUCCAGCGGCGCGAAGGCAAAGCGCAGAAGAGAGACAAGGACGAUCUGCUGUCCUGCCUGCGUGUCUUCGGACCUGCGGUGCUGGCGAUGGCGAUCUUCACCGCCUGGGGGUCAGGCGCGGUGCGGCGCCUGGGCAUUGUGCCCCGCACCUGGGAGGGCCUUCCCGGGGUCUUCUUCGGGUGCUUCGUGCAUUUCUCAUGGCCCCAUUGCAUAUGGAACGCUGUGGCUCUUGCUCUUUUGGCUCCCUGUGUUCUUGGCGCCGGUGUGGGAAACUUGCCUGCCGCGUCUGCGUUCAUCGCGUUGUCUAGUGGAUUUUGCGUUUGGUGCAUGGCAAGGCCCGCGCUACACGCGGGCGCCAGUGGAGUGGUCUGUGGCUACCUGGGCUUGCUGAUGGCACUGGUGCUGAGGCGGCGAGACGUGCCACUGGGAACUCUCCUCAUGGUCCUUGGAGUCGUGGUGUGCUACGGGGGCGCCCUCUUGCUGCAUAGCCCGGGACUCUCCUUGCCGCUCUACGAGGCUUGCACCUCGCGAAGCACCUCCGCGGAGCACCAUACCUUCGGCUUCUUGUCAGGUCUGGCUUCUGCGCUACUUUUUGUCCAGCCGCGCCACAACGUGGGUCGCUAGUGCUUUGAAUGCUUGGACCCCGUAACAUACACGCGGAAGCCACGGCCUGAAUCUGUAUCACGACGCAUUUGCACGCGUUUCGGGGUUUCGGCUAGAGGCAGGUUAACCCCAGUGUCUGCUAGUAAGGACGGUAAGAACUCAAGUAAUGGCCUGUCGCCAUGAACAGCCCAUUGCCGUGGCUUACUCGCCACCCAUUGGACAAGUCCUGCCAAUCACAGCCUGGCGCGGAACGGCACGUUUGUACAGCUGGCUCUUGAGCCGAAGGUGAGUGGGGUUCCCUCAACGCACACUUCCGUGGUUGCCGUUCCCGGGGUGGCUUGCCUGUCUCAACUCCAGGUUACCAGCCCUUGUUGGCAGUUUCAAGAGGCCUCGGCUCCCAUUCAACACCAGAAAAAGGUGAUGGAUGUUGCUUCGCGUGUGACACACUGCAUCUUUCUCC